UAGUUGUUGCUCUUGGUACAGCUGCGAUGAUAGGCGUUACCGCUGGCACUCAUAGAUUAUGGUCUCAUCGAUCUUACAAGGCAAAGUGGCCCAUGAGACUUAUUCUCAUGAUUUUCCAGACCAUCGCUUUUCAAGAUACUAUUUACCAAUGGGCCAGGGACCACCGCGUGCACCAUAAGUUCACCGAUACUGACGCGGAUCCAUAUAAUGCGCGUAGAGGAUUUUUCUUCUCGCAUAUCGGUUGGCUUUUAAUUCGCAAGCAUCCUGAUAUCGUUAUUAAAGGCGCCACGAUCGAUUGCAGUGACCUCAUGCAAGAUCCACUUGUGAUGUUUCAAAAAAAAUGGUAUAGAUAUUUAAUGCCGCUCUGUGCUUUUAUUAUACCAAUGUUAGUGCCUUGGUGGGCAUGGAAUGAGAAUUUAUGGUAUUCAUGGCAUUUAACAAUCUGUAGAUAUUGCAUAACUCUAAAUAUUACUUGGUUGGUGAAUUCUGUGGCUCACAAAUGGGGUAUGAAACCAUACGACAAAUCACUCAGUUCUACUGAAAAUAUUGGAGUUUCUUUGUUAACGUGUGGUGAAGGCUGGCAUAACUAUCAUCAUGCCUUUCCCUGGGAUUAUAAAAUGGCAGAAAUUGGAAAUUAUAAAUUCAAUUUGGCCAAAACUUUUAUUGACUUUUUCGCUUACAUUGGUUUGGCUUACGAUUUAAAGACCGUAUCUGUUGAUGUAAUAAAAAAACGUGUUCUUCGAUGUGUCGAGUCAUCGACAUCAAAGAUGACGCCAAAUAUUUUAAGUACAGAUUCAGAAAUACUUACGGAGAAAGAUUUACAAAAUGCGGAAUCUUCAAUUACAAAGAUGAUAGAUACUGAAAAUUACACACAAAAUAGAAGCAAAGACUAUGCAAAAACUGAAGGCUGGUUCAAAACGGAGCCGAAGUGGUUUAACAUUUUAUAUCUUGGUUUUCUUCAUUUAUACUUCGUAUAUGCCUGUUUUACUUUUGAUUUUUUUGAAAAUCUGAUGACGACUGCUUGGUUAUUUAUCGUGUAUGGAUUAGGAGGAAUAGGUACUACUGCCGGUCCUCAUCGUUUGUGGACUCAUCAAGCUUAUAAAGCAAAAUGGCAGCUUAGAGUUAUACUUGGUAUUCUCUAUGCUUCGGCUGGCAUGAACAACAUUUACGAAUGGGUACGAGAUCAUAGAAUACAUCACAAAUAUACAGAUACGGAUGCAGAUCCGCAUAACAGUAAUCGAGGGUUCUUUUUUUCUCACGUCGGUUGGUUGAUGGUAAAAAAAAAUCCAGAUGUGAUUCGAAGAGGUCAUCAGGUGGAUAUGAGCGAUGUAUUAGCUGAUCCUGUUGCUGCAUUCAAUAUCAAAUAUUUUCCGAUAUUAAAAUUUAUGUUCGCUUUCCUACUUCCGGUGAUGUUGCCUGUAUAUGCAUGGAAAGAGACUUGGUACAGAGCUUUUGUGUCCCAGAAUAUUAUUCGUUAUGUUUUUCUUUUAAAUGCCAUAUGGAGUGUCAACAGUGCAGCUCAUAUUUGGGGCUCAAAGCCAUAUGAUGCAUAUAUAAAUCCGACAGAGAACCGAUGGGUUAACUUGUUUACGGGCGGUGAAGGACUGCAUAAUUAUCAUCAUGUUUUUCCGUGGGACUAUAAGGCUGCCGAGUUACACGGUUCCCUAACCACAGCUUUUAUUAACUUCUUUGCGAAAAUCGGGUGGGCAUACGAUCUCAAAGAACCGUCAAAGGAACUCGUAAAAACCGUCACGAGGAAAAGAGGUGAUGGAAAUCAUCCUUUGUGGGAAGCUGUGCCAUAUCCAGUUAUAAGUAAAAUUGAAUAAUAAAAGUGACAGAGAAUUAUCUCAU